UUUACGGAUUUUUUCAACAAGAUGAGGAUGCGAAAUCUGGGCCUUGCUGAACAGCUCUACACAGGGAGAGCAGUAAACUGACUGAAAUAAAACUGUAUUUUUUGUUUGGUUGGACAGAUACAUCCUGGAGCAGCCAUGGUCUAUGUUAACUUGAAAUCCAUCACCCAGCCUGUGGGAAUCAUACGAAUAAUGGCAGUCAUCAUCACUUGUAUGUGUUUCAGCCUGAUGGCAUCAGUGAAACCUGACUCUUCGCCAUACUGGGGGUGGUGUAUGUUCAUCUGGUUCUUCUGCUGCUUUUUCACCCUUCUCAUUCUCAUCCUGGAGUUCACCACUGUCAGCACCAAAGUGCCUUUUGACUGGGAAGACUUCACUGCUGCCUUUGCUAUUCUAUCAACUGUCCUGUGCCUGUGUGCCUCCAUCAUGUACCCGACCUUUUUCAGCUGCAGCACAUGUUACCGUCAGAUUGGAGAUUCCGUGGUAUCCUGGAUUUGUUUUGCACUGUAUUUUGCUGAGGUGGUUUUAACGCGCCUUCUCCCAAGUGGGCAGAACAGCGGAUUUCUCUCCACGCUGCCGGGCAUAAUGAAGAUGCUGGAGAGUUUCUUUGCCUGUCUCAUCUUCCUAUCAUUGGAAAGUGGCCAAUACUCAGGUUCCCCAGCACUGAACUGGUGUGUAGCUGUGUACUCCCUGUGUUUCAUUUUCACCAUCGCCAUAAUCCUGGUCACUGUUGGAAAUCUUACGAUUUAUUUUCCAUUCUCUUUUGACAUAGUUGUGAUUGUUUAUAAUGUUUUGGCAGCGGUGAUGUAUAUAACAGCCAUGGUUGUGUGGCCACUGAGUUCUUUUCACAACAAUAAGAGACCAGUGGGCUGUGGCAACCUCUGUGCCUGGGAUAAAUUGGUUCUAAUCACCGUCAUGACAGUCUUUAACUCUAUUGUUUACACACUGGACUCCAUCUACUCCAUACUUCUUUUUUCUCAGCAGUGAGUGAGUUGCUGCCUAUCAGGACUAUUACAACCGUUAAGAACCUAAAUGAUUUUGAAUAGUCUUUUCUGUACCAAAAUUCGGCCAAUAAACUUUACUAGACUCUGCUGAUACUUAUCAAAAUUGCAUAUGUAAUGGAAAGGUUGACCCUAUUGUGUAUACAUUGUGUAAUACAGCCAGAAAAAAGAACAGUUGGUUAAACAUUAGAGCUGUGAUAUCAUUGUGAUAAAAAUGACAAAUAGAUGAGUAGAACUUUGGAUCCUGAGGGUAAUGUUUUAUUGCCACAUCAAAGUCAAACAGUGUGCCAGAUAAAUAAAUAUUUAUACACCCUAAAACCACUAUAUUGUAUCUGUCUUUAUAUGGCAAGUGAAGAUGCAGGGCAUAUCUAUUCCUCUAAUUUCAUAAUAUAUGUAAAGAAAUAACACGCAGCUCAGAGAUUCAACAGACACCACACACAAAAAAAUGACCAGAUAAUAACAUUAUCAUGCAAUGCUAUACUAUACAGACCCUGCACACAAAGAUAAAGAUUAGCUCUACUCGGCCUACCAAAAGCUUGAAGUGACUGACCUGGCAGGGGAGUUGGAGAUUUUGUCUGAUUAUGUCAGCUCAUAAUUAUUUGACUACUUAAAGGCAGUAAUAGACUUUGCAUCUCCUGUGGGCAAUAUCUACACUUUUAGAUGUCAUUGACAGACCUGCAAGAAAGUUGGAAAUUGAACAUGCAUUAAUUGCUAAUUCUGUACACAAAUCUGAACAUCCUGCUUUUCUAAAUAAACACCCCUGAACAUUCCUUCAGGAGUGCGCCACAGCUGUUGUGACCAGACCCUGACGGGGUGAGAAGAGAGAGAUGUGGGUUAUUCUAAGAAAUGUCAACUCAGGCUAAAUAUCUCUCUAAUAAGAUGAAGAUAAGACCUAGGUAUAUAUUUUAAGAAUUGAAAGUGGUGUGCUCUGUUUGGGAAAAACUGGGUCAGCCUUGCCUUGGAUCAGAAAUUACAAAUUUAAUUCAUUAUCAAAUCAUCAUCAGACAAUUGUUUACGUAAAGGAUAUUUGGUGUCGCUAGAUAUUCUGUGACUGUGUGUGUUUAUUUUUUAUAUAGCAUUACCUUUGCGUAUCUUAUUGUGAAUGGAACAUAGAACUUAUUUAUUUUAUCAUAAAAUAUGUCCGGAUUGUGUUUUUUGAGGCAAAUUUGUAUUUUUUGUGAUUUCUUUUCAAUCAAGUCUUUAAACUAAAUAGAGGAAUUUGUGUAUUUUCAGGAUUUGUUUGUUGUGUUGUUGACUCUCAAUUAUAGUGCAUUUUUAAAUGGUAAGCUAGCAUUGCAAUUUGAUUUAUAUUUUUGUUUAUUUAUUUUUUUCAUUUGAUGUUGAAGUCACUUCCACAAGGUGGACAUAUUUUUUUAUGAACUCUGAAUAUACCAUUGUGACGUAAAGGAUAAAGCUAUUUAGCCUUUUAAUUGCUUUUUUGAUGGCCUUGUCUAAAUAAUAGUAAAAGAACCAAUGUUAAUGUUAAACUUUCAUAAGACUCAUCAAUAACACCCACCAACCCAUUGAUUAUUAGGUCUAGAGGGAAUUAUCUUUUUCACAUAGGGCCAGGGAGGUUUAUAUAGCUUUUCUCCUUAAUAAAUUAAGUAAUAAUUUAAAAACUGCAUUUUGUAUAUAUUACUUAGGUUACUUUUUUUCUCAAAUUAAAAUGCAUGUGCAUGUGCAUGUGUGGGUUCUCACCAGGU